GGUGUGCAGUGGCUCAUUUGUGCAAUUCUGAAGCUGGUCGUCUGUUCUCAGUGUUUAUCUGGACGUCAUGGCGGAGGGACGUGGAGAGCUACCGCCUCAGCCGCCGCUUCAUCUAUCUUUACCCCCGGCCAGCAAGCGACCGUGCUUGCGCCCGGCUCCCCGAGGGCCUGGUCCGGGGCCUGGUCCAGGUUUUCCGAACUCUCGGUUUCGCUGCCCGGAAUCUCUGUUAGACUGUGCCGCGAAGGCUGUAGCAGAGAAAUGGGCCUUUGAGAGGGUGGAGGAGCGCUUCGAGCGGAUCCCAGAGCCAGUACAGCGCCGUAUAGUGUACUGGUCCUUUCCGAGGAACGAAAGGGAAAUAUGUAUGUAUUCGUCGUUUCAGUGCCGCGUCGCCGGCGAAGAGGUUCCGGCGGUGGGCACGGUGGCUCCCGCUGGAUCCGGGUCUGUCCCUGGAGGGAUUACCAGUACUACGGGCGCCGCCGGGGCAGCGGGCACUGGAGAUGGACUGCCUUUCCGCCGGGGUAUCCGACUUUUGGAGACUGGUUGUGUGGAAAAUGUCUUACAAGUCGGGUUCCACCUCAGUGGCACGGUCAUGGAGCCCGCCUCCCAGUCGGAGCCUGAGGUCACCCACAAGGUGGCCAUCAGCUUCGACCGCUGCAAGAUCACCUCGGUCACCUGCGGCUGUGGCAACCGCGACAUCUUCUACUGCGCCCACGUGGUAGCGCUGUCCCUGUACCGCAUCAGGAAGCCGGAGCAGGUCAAGCUGCGGCUGCCCAUCUCAGAGACCCUGUUCCAGAUGAACAGAGACCAGCUACAGAAGCUGGUGCAGUACCUCAUCACAGCCCACCACACAGAGGUGCUGCCCACCGCCCAGAAACUGGCCGACGAGAUCCUGUCAUCCAACUCUGAGAUCAACCAGGUCCAUGGGGCCCCGGACCCCACGGCAGGGGCCAGCAUCGAUGACGACAACUGCUGGCACCUGGACGAGGAGCAGGUCAGGGAGCAGGUCAAACUGUUCCUGUCUCAGGGAGGGUACUACGGCUCCGGGAAGCAGCUCAACUCCAUGUUCGCCAAGGUGCGGGAGAUGCUGCGGAUGCGCGACUCUAACGGUGCCAGGAUGUUGACCCUGAUCACGGAACAGUUCAUGGCCGACCCUCGCCUCUCUCUGUGGAGGCAGCAGGGGACUGGCAUGACAGACAAGUGCCGGCAGCUAUGGGAUGAAUUGGGUGCCCUGUGGGUGUGCAUCGUGCUGAACCCGCACUGUAAGAGCGAGGAGAAGAGCGGCUGGCUGAAGCAGCUGAAGAAGUGGGGCGACAUGGACAUCUGUCCCCUGGAGGACGGCAACUACGGCAGUGAGUUGCCCAACAUUACCAACGCUCUACCACAGAGCAACCUCGCCCAGGACUCCCUGGCCCGGCCCAGACGGACAGUGUUCAAGCGGGCCAUGGAGGCCUGUAAUCUCCACUGGCAGGACAGCCACCUGCAGAGGAUCAUCAGCUGUGAAUACUACAUGUCCCCAGCCUACCAGAGAGAAGGAGAGAGUCUGCUCUUCAACCCCCAGGGCCUGCCUCUAUGGCUAGAUCACGUCCCCACGGCGUGUGCGCGGGUCGAUGCCCUGCGUUCCCAUGGUUACCCCCGCGAGGCGCUGCGGUUAGGCGUGGCCAUCAUCAACACCCUCCGGCUGCAGCAGCACCGCCAGCUGGACAUCUACAAGCACCAAAAGAAAGAGCUGCUCCAGAGGGGGGUGACCAGCACUACUAACCUGGAGGGCUGGGUAGGACACCCCCUGGAUCCCAUCGGCUGUCUGUUCUGCACCCUCACUGAGACCUGCCGGGUGGAGGAUGACAACGCUAUGGACACUGGAGACUCUGGAGAGCCCAAGCCGCCAGUGUACCACCAUGUGCCCGUGUGGGGUUGCCCGGAUGGCGGGGAGUCCUACCUGGCGCUGGCCCUGGAGGUGGCGCUGAUGGGCAUGGGGCAGCAGAGGGUGAUGCCGGAGGGCCUCUACGCCCAGGACAAGGUGUGUCGUAAUGAGGAGCAGAUCGUGGCCAAGCUGCAGGAGAUGGAGCUGGAUGAUCUUCUGGUCCAGACGCUGAGGAAACAGGCUAUCCUCCUACUGGAAGGAGGCCCGUUCAGCGGCCUUGGUGAAGUCAUCCACAGGGAAAGCGUUCCCAUGCACACCUUUGCCAAGUACCUGUUCUCAGCCCUGCUGCCCCAUGACGCAGACCUGGCCUAUAAACUAGCACUGCGGGCCAUGAGGCUCCCUGUGUUAGAGUCGACUGGGCCCUCGGGAGACUUGGGUCACCCCCACCAUGGCAUCAGCAUCGUGCCCAGCCGCUACCCGCGCUGGUUUACCCUGGGCCACCUGGAGUCUCAGCAGUGUGAGCUGGCCUCCACCAUGCUCACCGCAGCCAAAGGAGACAUGCUGAGAUUGCGGACGGUGCUGGAGGCCAUCCAGAAAAACAUCCACUCCUCCUCCCUCAUCUUCAAACUGGCCCAGGAUGCUUUCAAGAUAGCCACUCCGGCUGACAACCCCCCAGACAUCACCCUGCUCAAUGUAGCUCUGGAGCUGGGCCUGCAGGUGAUGAGGAUGACUCUGUCCACUCUGAAUUGGAGACGCAGGGAGAUGGUGCGCUGGCUGGUCACCUGUGCCACAGAGGUGGGUCUGCGAGCGCUGGUGAGCAUCCUCCAGAGCUGGUACACCCUGUUCACCCCCACCGAGGCCACCAGCAUCGUAGCAGCCACCGUCAUGUCCCACAACACCAUCCUGCGCCUCAGCCUGGACUAUCCCCAGAGAGAGGAGCUGGCUAGCUGCGCCCGGACCCUGGCCCUGCAGUGUGCCAUGAAGGACCCCCAGAACUGUGCCCUCUCCGCCCUCACGCUCUGCGAGAAGGACCACAUCGCCUUCGAGACAGCCUACCAGAUCGUCAUUGAUGCAGCAUCAACAGGCAUGACCUACUCUCAGCUGUUCACCAUCGCCCGCUACAUGGAGCACCGUGGCUACCCGCUCCGAGCCUUCAAGCUGGCCUCGCUGGCCAUGACCCACCUCAACCUGGCCUACAACCAGGACACACACCCGGCCAUUAACGACGUGCUCUGGGCCUGCGCCCUGUCCCACUCACUGGGCAAGAACGAGCUGGCUGCCAUCAUCCCCCUGGUGGUGAAGAGCGUGCACUGCGCCACCGUGCUCUCGGACAUCCUGCGCCGCUGCACCAUGACGGCCCCAGGCCUAGCCGGUAUCCCCGGGCGACGGAACUCUGGGAAGCUCAUGUCCACGGACAAGGCUCCACUCCGGCAGCUGCUGGACGCCACCAUCAGCGCCUACAUCAACACUACCCACUCCCGGCUCACACACAUCAGCCCCAGACACUACGGAGAGUUCAUAGAGUUCCUUAGUAAGGCCAGAGAGACCUUCUUACUGGCCCAGGACGGACACAUCCAGUUUGCCCAGUUUAUAGACAACCUCAAACAGAUCUACAAGGGCAAGAAGAAACUCAUGAUGUUGGUACGGGAACGCUUCGGCUGACCCCCGGGGGUCCCCCAACAGGACAGGCAAUAUAGGGAACUACUUUUAUUUCUACUUAAUCAUUUAUUCACGUUUUCAUUCAUUUCCAUAUUUUUUGUCAUUUACGUGGCAAAUUCUGUGUUUGUCCGGUUUUUUUUGUCCGGUUUUUUUCUUGUGAGCGACAACCAAUGUUUGUUUGCAAUGUUACUCUGCUAGGUAAAGACUGCGGAGAGGGGAAAUCUGAAUACAAAAUCGGUUGAAAAAGAUUGAUGAUGAUGAAAAAGCAUUGAGGUGGCACAUAAUGAAAACCAAAUGAUGUAUAGGGUAUUUUGAGCCAGGGAAUGAUGUCUGCUGCGGUGAGAUACUAUGGGUUUUUGAAGGAAAGAAAACUUGUCAUUCCAAAAACACUGACGCACAUAGUGUUAAAUAACUGUCAUACCUCGAUCGUAUUCCAAGGGUCAGCUUUAAACUUUUCCUGUUAAAAGGACUCGUUUCAAGGCAUCAUGUAUGGAGGAGGUGAAAUGCUGAACUUGGAUGUGUGUCCCACAGGUCCAGAACCUAAUAAUACAUUCACCAGACUCAUCAGGUACAUACAGAGUCCUCUGACUUGACCAAGCCUCUCACACAUAUAUUCUCCUCCUCCUUUCUUGAGUGUAGCCUGAUCGAUUUGUCUGGUAUCUUGUAUUAUUUCUAGUGAAGGUACCUUUCAAAAAGAGACAAAUGUACAGAGAGCGAGACAUGUUGCGUCAGAUUGAUAUUUGGAUUAGAUCACGGAGAGAUGGAUUGACUGGCCUGAGAGUGAUACUGCCACUGUGGGUUUUGGACUGUGAGGAGUGGCUUGUGUUGUCAGGAUUUGGGUUUUAUAACAUGUUGAAAUACCAUUGCUGAAAAACAUCUUGUAUCUUUCAAAGCAAAACGUGUAUGAACGUGUACUUUUAGACAACAUGCCUUGGUGUAGCCGGUGGGGUUAGUAUUCCACAUACAAGCCUAACUGUAACUGUCUAUCGACCUCUCAGACCCUGUGGGAAAGUUUUAUAUUAGCAGUAGUACUAUUGUUAUACAAGCACUUCACACAUUUUAUGUACUCAACAUCAUUCUGUCUGCUUGAGCAAUUAUUUAUCGACCAUUAGAAUAAUCUGUGUGUGAAUGAAUACUAGGAAUACAGACAGCAUAAUUAUAUUUAACAUACAAAAAAUAGUAAUAUUAGACAGAAGAACGUUUGAGGACAAAUUGAGGCUAUGAAAACCGUUCCAUGUCAGCUUCCACAUUCCAGGUGGCCUAUGGCCACAGAUGUACACUGUCUGUAUGUUUUGAAGUAAUACAGUAAAGAAAAAAUGACGAAAGAGAAAAGAGAUGCUAAACUCAGUUCUCAGGGAAUCACUUCAAGAAACAAAAACAAAAAAGUAGUAGCAUAAGCAUUUAAGAUAUUGUAAAUAUGAAAGUGUCAAUUAAGAAAAUUGUAAAGUUAUAAUUAUUUAUGAUAACUGUAUGUUUUUGUGGGAUACUUGAAUUUGUUGUGGGCUGGGAAUGUGAGGGCAGUUAGAGGAAAAUACUUCAAGACAUUUCUCAGGUGCUCCUGUGUACAUUAUCUGAGUUUUGAGUUAAUUUUUUAUUUGUAUGUUUUGUUUUUGCAAAGUUUUCUAAGAGGAAGCAAUUUAUUUCGAAAUUAGAAAGCAGGCAUACCAUUAUGAACAGAAAGCAACCCGACUAUGCAGAAACCACUUGGUGGUUUGGUCCCCUUCUCUGGAGUCACCCAGACGAAUGUCUGAGGGGGGCUAGCCAAUAUCCUAAAGAGAACAGACGAGGCAAGACACAGCAUGUUUGUAUUUGUAAGUAGCCUGCACAUGCUGCAAAUUGGGACAGACUUUGCCUUUGACCGAUUUUUAAUGUACAAUUACUCUCUUUGGACUUAAGCCUUUAGUGUCUUCUCAAAGUACCUCUGUCAGAGCCUGACAUGGUAAUGAGAGUUUAAGGAGAACAAUGGUCCAAAAGAAAUGAAAAUAAAAACCCUGCAUGCCCCACGCUAAAUAAGGAACUGGCAGAGAAUAUGAAUGGGGGAGUCUGUGUUGUCCUCCUACCAUCCUCCCUUGUAUUUCUUCAUGCUUUUAAGCCUAUUCAGUUCUCUUCACCUGAACGACCAUGGCCAUGCUCCUAACUGUUCUCUAAAACCCCUAUGGAGCAGUUGUUAUUCUGAUCCUUCCUUCCAUCGCUGGUCUUUAUUCCUUCUGUCUUUUAAAAUAUUGCAUUUACUUCCUCCCAAUCGUUAGUCACAGGAUUCAGUAAGACUGCAGCACUGCGUUUGCCAGUGUCAUAUGCGCCACAACAUAACACCUGCUUUCCCAACCAACCUACGGCAGCCUCCUCUGUUUUGUCAUUCACUAGCUACCACAAAUAUUAACCACUACUUGAAUCUGAGAUUUGUGAGUUACGAGUGGACAAAACAAGAUUGCAGUUUAAUGUAAACCUGCCUGUUAUAUACACACGUCAAACAAGCAUUUUCUGUCGCUGAAGUAGUUGGUUCUACGGCAUUUCAAAAAAAGUGGGGGGAAACUCCUCUGGCUUUUAAUUUCUCUCUCUCCCAUACUCCGUGUCAAUGUGUUAACUGUACCAGUGUUUUGACCUGUCGUUAGUAUUUAGAAGGAAGUAAUAAUAAUCGCUGGUAGAUUGUUCACUAGUUCAUCUACUGUUUGAUUAUUUUUUUAUUUAAGGGAAAGUGUUUGUUGCCUCUUUGUGCUACUGAUUUAUAAAAAAAAAAGUUAACCAGUAUUUGUUGCCACAGAAGUAUAGUUUAUCAACUGUUUGUUUGUGCAACCUCUUGAGCUAAUGUCUAUAAAACAACAAUUUAUUACUAUUUAUGUAACGCUACUACCAUUUUAUAUAAUUUGUGUUGGAAUCUCAGUGCUUUUCUAUGAAUAAAGUGUGAAACACAUA